ACUUUCACCUAGCGUGUCUCCGGCUCCGGGAGUGUCGCCAUCGCUCUUCUCGGACCCUACAUGUCAACUCCAAGCGCGUUUGAUCGACCUUGGGGGUUUGGUGUAGGAGCUUAAUUGACGCUCAUCGUCUGUUGGUUACUGGGGAAUUGGAAUGAAACUAGUGCAAUACUCAACUGAAGAAAAACUACAAAUAGACACAGGUUCCGGAUGAAUAGAUGCCAGAAUUUUAAAAUCCAUCUCGCACAUAAACAUAUCUUCCAUUCUUCACUGUAUAAAAUAUCUCUUACGACCUGGUGUCGCUCAUUUUACAUCUAAAUAUUAGUGUAUAUUCGAUUUAUUCCAAAAUCCUCCUCCGUCAAAAUGGUUCGCAUCAACAUUGCCGCUCUCCUGACUCUCGCCGUCGCAGCUUUGGCCCAAGUUACGCCUAACAAUGCCGGCGCCAAAAACGUAGGCCAGGCUAACGGACAACAAUUCAUCACCGGUGGUUGCACUUCUAAUGCUGACUGCUCGUCUGCAUGCUGCGCCCAAGUUCAAACCACAGGCCUAGGUGUCUGCUCCGCCGAAGCUGCGUCGCUUCAAAACGGGAAGUUGGGCUGCGGCUUCGUCGACCCCAACUCCGCUCAGACUAUCGCUGCUGCUAAGGCUCAAGUCGCAAAGCAGGGUUUCUAGGGUGGGAAUUUAUAAGGCAUUUGUCGUUGGGCUAAAGGAUUUUGCCCAGAGCUAUGUACUACCUAUGUAUGGGAACUUAGAUCGAGCAUGAACUCCGAGAAACAUAUAUCGCAUCAAUCAAUAGAC